GCGGGAGCGGGGUGCUCAGUGCAGCUGGCGGGGGGCGCCGGCCGCCCGCCAUAAAGUGAAUGGCCAGAGUGAAUGGGAGGCAGUCGGCUGGCGCCCUCCGCCCUUCCCGUGAGCCGCGGGCCGGCAGCAAGGCUCAGAGUGCCCGGGGAGCCGGGGGGAUUUACUUUCUGACGGCGGCAGAGCAGCCCGGGCCGCGGGGCGGGGGCCAGCUUCGCCCUCUCGCAGGAUUAAGGCCGCCCAGCUGAGCCCGCAUCUGGAGCCGCUAUUCCACCUCUUCUGCCAGCCAUCCCUGCCCCAUGGAUUUCAACCUGCUGGCAGAUGCAGAGGCGCGCAGCCCAGCCUUGUCUCUCUCAGACUCUGGAACCCCUCAACACGAGCACAGCUGCAAAGGACAGGACCACAGUGACACUGAGAAGUCCCAGCAAAACCAGACGGACGACUCCAACCCUGAAGACGGCUCACUCAAGAAGAAGCAGCGGCGGCAGAGGACGCACUUCACCAGCCAGCAGCUCCAGGAGCUCGAAGCCACUUUCCAGAGAAACCGCUACCCAGACAUGAGCACCAGGGAGGAGAUUGCAGUCUGGACCAAUCUGACGGAGGCACGAGUGCGGGUCUGGUUCAAAAACCGCAGAGCUAAGUGGAGGAAACGGGAGAGGAACCAACAGGCCGAACUGUGCAAGAACAGCUUCGGAGCCCAGUUCAAUGGACUGAUGCAGCCUUACGAUGACAUGUAUUCCAGCUAUUCCUACAACAACUGGGCCACCAAGGGGCUUGCCACCAGCCCACUCUCAGCCAAAAGCUUCCCAUUCUUCAACUCCAUGAACGUCAGUCCCCUCUCCUCCCAGCCCAUGUUCUCCCCACCCAGCUCCAUCACCUCAAUGACCAUGCCCUCAUCCAUGGUCCCUUCUGCAGUGACCGGAGUACCAGCCUCCAGCCUCAACAACCUGGGAAACAUCAACAACCUGAAUAGCCCAAGCCUCAACUCUGCUGUCUCAUCCAGUGCCUGUCCUUACGCCUCAACAGCCAGCCCCUACAUGUACAGGGACACAUGCAACUCCAGCCUGGCCAGCCUGCGGCUGAAGGCCAAGCAGCACGCUAACUUCACCUACCCGGCAGUGCAGACGGCAGCUUCCAAUCUGAGCCCUUGCCAAUAUGCCGUAGACAGGCCCGUAUGAAGGGCUGCCCUCCGCCAACCAGGGACUUGACCUUAGCCUGACAAAAGGAGACCUUUAGCCCUACAACAGCGUACGUACUGCAGAGAAUGGGAGUGAACGCAGGAGAGCAAGACAGCGAGAGAGCAAGAAUGAGAGGCGAGCAGGCAGACGGACCUUGAUGAAGAUUUGUCUAACUAUCGUAUGGUGAAUUUUGACUGUAUUUCCCUUCCCAAACCCCUUCCCCUCUUUGCCCACCAAACCUUCUCCUUUGUGGUAAAGAAACCAAAACAGUCUACUGGAAGCCCUACAGGGAAAUAGGAGCCCCGACGUGUAGGGUGCCUGACCCAUGGGCAGCAGAAUUGAAUGUGUUUCUAUCUGCCCCUCUGAGCCCCACAAGGGAACAGCUAGGAACAGGGCAAUGCAGGCUGCCAUUUGGUGCUUGGAUGACCCCUUCUUCCUGCACACAUGCAAGAUUUCAGAUGGAGACAUCUUGCCCACAUAUUUAUCACACAGCCAGUAAAGAAAGCCUUGUCUCAGUCGGUUGGCAUUGUUCUUUAUAAUGCAUAUAUACACAUAGCCCUUCAGACUUGAAGACUUUAGGACCUGGGAGUUGUAAGAAUAUGUGUGUGUAUAUAUCUCCUAUAUAUACAAAUACAUAUAUAGACAUUAAAACAUGCUUUUUUGUUUUGUACAUGAAAUAAUUUACAAUGUAGACCUUAAAACCAAAAACCCCAUAAAGCAAGCACAUCCACUGAGGCAACGUCCUGCCUGUCAUGCUUUACUGCUUCAGUCAUUUCCAGUCAGACAGGAACACUUUUGCCAGUGUGCAUCCAAAGCAUCCCCUUUUGCAACAAUCAGCUACCCCCUGCACAUCUUCCCUUCCUUCCCUUCUCCAAAUCCCAUUUCCAAACAAGAUAAUAAAAUAAAAGUUGGCACAAUCCCUUUAAGGCAUCUGCCUGU